UGCAGCUCCCAAGACCCAUUACAACCUACGUACACGCUUGACACGGAGGCCAUUGGAAUUCACUACCGGACUCCUACUACAAAGACGAUGAGGCUGACCGGUGUUCUGUUCAUCCGCAAGGUCUUAUCAUUCGCCGAAGUAGAUCCGUGGUACAAGACAAAUCAAUGGAUGAAGUUCGCCUUCAAAUAUAGGGGCCGGUCUGCACGUUGCCCAAAGCUGGGUAUCCAUCGUGUCUACAAAGCAUUGCAGUAUGUUCGCACUCUGAGGGAUGUUCACAAAGCAGAUGCCAGGAGUAUCUGGAAUACCCGCAUAGCAAUAGCCAGCGAGCAAUGUGGCUUGUGUGACCCGGAGGUUCUUCUUGAAGGGCUCUCUCAAACAAAUAUUCUGCUUAACCGUAAUAUGCUGCAGACGUUGGCGAUUUACGAACCGAGGACCUUUGCUGCUCUUGUCGACAUAGCCAAACAGUAUCACAUCGAAAGGAAUGUCCCCAUCGACUCCGCCCCUGACUCGCAAGUUGUUUCACGGGGCAUGCUCCAUACGCCUAUUGUUCCCGGAAAUAAACACUUGUAUUGAUAUUUACUUCACUAGCAAUAUACUCUCUGAACUCGCU